GACUGCGCAUGUCCCUCAUCUGUCAAAAUAUACCAAAUCCACCCCUAUCAGCGUCUUCGCUACGCUGCUCGCAACGAAACUAGAUACAGCAGCAAUUUGCCGUUAGUGGAAUUUUUCGGCUCUUCCAAGGUACAAGAACAUAAGAGUAACAACUUUAAAGCGGCGGUAAAAAGAAAAUUAGUUAUUCACAAAGCAAAUGCAAAUGGAAACAUAAAUAUUAAGCAGUGUAGUAAGACUUUUCAGUAACACUGUGCAACUAAAAGGCGCUUCCCAAAAUGAUGUACCCAUGCAUGCGAAUGACGCGUGCACUACGCAAUUUGUACCGUUCUGUUUUAUUGUUUCUUCUUCUCAUACCCAUUGGGAUCGGUGUGUUCACUAUAUUUUGCGGGAGCUACGUAGAACAUAGUGUAAUACCCCCCAUCUGCGAGUCUUACAGUCUAAAUCACACCAGCGGCGCCUUGUGCGACGAGUUCUGCAUGAAGCCAUCGGCCUUUAGCGAUUUUCACUGCCUUCGCGGGAUUCCAGACGCAUUUACCGCUCAAAGAAAUGGGAAUGUUUACAAUUUCCAAUUGGUGGCGGAAUCGCUUGACGAUCUGACAUGGCGCGAUAAGAACGGCGUUGAUGUUUAUCCAAAAUCUGCAGACUUGUAUCACAUGGUCAAAAUGCAUCUAUUGGUCAAUUAUAAUGUGUCGCUGGAAGAUAAUGUGCUGAAACGCUUGAUCAGCAACGAAGUCGAUGAAAAUGAACCGACUCAAAUAAAAGAUUUCUGGAACCUUUUCAAUGACAAUGACUAUGUGAUGACUAAGCUAUUCGAAGAUGAAGCAAUACUGCCAACAAUGCUGGGCACUUGCGGAAGCAUGUAUGUAACGGAGCAUUUACAUACUCCAUUUGAGAUAAGAAAUGGUUUUACACAUAAACAUCUGAACUUUCAAACCAUAUACGAAUAUGUAUUGCGUUUGGACAUGCUCAAACCGGAUCCGGUGAAAAUCUGCAAAGUGCGGUUGGAUUAUUUUGGCUUAACGGCAGACCAUAGAGUCCAAGCUCAGAACGCGCGCUACUUGAUGUUGGAGACUCAACUGCUUAAGGAGCUGGGUAGCGGCAAAUCUUGUUGGUACGACACCGAUUGUCACUGGUUUGACUGUAUUGGUAGCUGUGUGAAAAAUAAGUGCAUCAAACCGCCAAGACAGAGUAAUGUACAACAGUUAUGUCAAUAUGUUGAUAUGAAUCCAGAAUUAUUUCGCUACUUUCGAGCACAGGACGAAAUGCGGAUACUCUAUGAGUAUGCGUGUAAGCGAAAGUACCGGAAGAACUAUUGGUAGACAGACAUAUGAAUAAACUGAGGUACAUACUCACUUGCUGAGCUGCAUAUACACUGAUAUACAUACGUACAUACAAACAUGGAUAACUUACUGACACACAUCUUUACUAACUCAGGUACAUACCGAUACACUAACAUGCAUACAUGACCUACUGACAUACAUAUACAUAUAUGUACAUAUGUAUAUAUGUAUGUAUAACUGACAUGCAUUGACCCAGAGGCUGGGAGAUUGGGACAAUUUCUCCUGCACCCAGAACCUCAGAGCGGACCGGUGUUCUGCAGCAAUUUAUGUCGACUUUUUCCUCUAACAAUUGCUGGAUCAUAUAUACAGACAUGAUUUACUAAUAUAUACUGACAUAUGUAUAUAUGUAUAUUCAUAUAUACUAUACAUACACAUUUUGGACAGCGUUGCUCUUCUUUAUAAGUAUUCCAGUUUUACAAAAAAAUAAAAUACUCAUUGCCAAAUAUAACUGUAAAUACAUACUCAUGUAUACAUACAAACGUACAAAUCAUAUAUGCCAUUCGUUUUGAAAAGCUCCAAAAUCGCCAAUAUCACUUUAUUUACAAAAAUGAAAAAAAACUUUACAUUGAAAAUAAAUAAUCUUGGUACAAGCAACAAAAAGAAAGUGUUCGAUCUAAUAUUACUUUCGCUUUUUUAUUGUUUACUGAUUUUACAUUUAUAACAUAACUUCUUUUGCUCGUUUUUUAAUAUUAUAAUUGCAA